UCACCCGGCUGCCACACACUGGUAGGUCGAUACUCGCGUAGUCUUCUUUUGGCGCCGCGGCGGUUUGGGAAUUCCCCGGAAAAUUUUGCUACUGAAGGCCACGCUGAUGGUCGCUGAAUGCCUAUGUACAGUGUACAUAGUCACGAGUUGGGAACGCGCGCCUUGUACAGUACAGUAGUAGUACGGAAUGGAUUUUGUGUGCAUACUUAGUUUACAGUGACUCAUUCCACAGCCACGGUAGUGAUCAUGAAUACUGUCGACCUUUCUAUUCUGUGUACUACGUCACGUGUAUAAAGCUGAUGUCGUAAAUAUUAUAAUCUGCAACUUUGUCGAGAUAUCAACAAAAUACGUUGGGAUUCUUGUUGAAGUUUAAUAGCUUCCUGGAUCGGAUCUGCAACUUGUAAUUAGUCGGAAGCAAAAGAUCAUACUGCAUAGACUUGGAGUUGGAGCACUGACAACUGAGCCUGAGAUCGAGAAGGGGCAAGAUUAUUUAGAUUUAAACGAUAGGAUUUUUGUCGAAGUUAGCUUCCUGGAUCCGGAUCUGCAACUUGUAUUAUUCGGAAGCAAAAGAGCAUAGACUUGGAGCACUGCCAUUUUGCCAAUUCUGAGUCUGAGAAGGGGCAAGAUAUUUUAUGCACUGUAACCUGUAUGUGUAUGUUUCUAAAUUUUGGUUGGAAAAAUCGUGGAUUGUUUCACUUUUGAGUUGAACUUCAUAUAUCAAUAUGCCGUCAGCUCAACAAUGGAGAGUCACAAGUUUGUGUACUUUCGUUCUCUUUUGCUGGAUGAUAAUGAAUCGGCCAUUCUUGGUGGAAGGUGAGUUCUCUUGCUACAAGGGCAGUGUAGACAUUGUGAAUGGAGAACUGCGUGUGGCAAGUACCAAGUCUAUCGUCUUACAACAAUGUUCACCUCCAACAACUCAACAGCCACCAUCUCCUGCAACAGGCGUCAACGGCACAGGGCAACCAGCAACAUCUCAGUCAAGUAACCAGACAACACCACCGAGCACCGCUUCUGCUGAUAACGUAACAACUCCUUCCGGCAACAACGCUUCUUCUUCUGGCAACAGUACAACUCCUUCAUCAAGCACCACUCCUGGCAAUGAAACAACUCCUGACAACAGCACAACUCCUUCGCCAACAUCUGCAUCUGCAAGCCCUGAGGCACCAUCAGGAAAUUCUAAUUCAAGUGUCAAUGAAACCUCUACAACUCCUCCACCAUUGACUAAUGUAUCUGCUCCAAUGACCCCGGGUCCAUCAUCAGCAGCCACGACUUCACGAGCAACUCCAGGAGGAACUCCAGGGGCAACAGAUGGAGCAACAAAUGGAACAACAACUGCACCUCCAGCAACCACAUCUACCACUUCUGCAGGAGAUGGCAGUCUGAUCGGAUGUGUUGUCACAAAGACCUACCAAAAUGGUUCCAGAGACAACAUGACUGUUUCCUUCUCAUGUCCAGUCCCAGACUCGCCUUGUAAUGAUGUUGGCUUUAAUGGCAGCACAGAGAAUCAGGUACGUAUUCAAUUCAUCCUUGCAAACGUCACUGUUAAAGAUAUAGACCAGUAG